AUGUCAACAGAAAAAAUACAAAAAGUUGUUAUCAUUGGUUCAGGUCCAGCUGGUCACACUGCUGGUAUCUAUGCCGGUAGAGCCAGAUUAGAACCAUUGAUGUUCGAAGGUUUUAUGGCAGGUGGUGUUGCUGCUGGUGGUCAAUUAACUACUACAACUGAAAUUGAAAAUUUCCCAGGUUUCCCAAUUGAUAUUUCAGGAUCAGAAUUAAUGGAUAAAAUGAGAGAACAAAAUAUUAAAUGUGGAACUACAAUCGAAACUAAAACCAUUUCAAAGGUUGAUCUUAAACAAAGACCAUUCACAAUUUAUGUAGAAGAUGAAGAAGAUAAACCAAUUAAAGCACAAUCAAUUAUCAUUGCAACUGGUGCAACUGCAAAGAGAAUGGGUGUACCAGGUGAAACAGAAUUUUGGAGUAAAGGUGUUAGUGCAUGUGCAGUUUGUGAUGGUGCUUUACCAAUCUAUAGAAAUAAACAUUUAGUUGUUGUUGGUGGUGGUGAUACUGCUGCUGAAGAGGCAACCUUUUUAACUCAUUUCGCCUCAAAAGUUACUUUAUUGGUCCGUCGUAAUGUUAUGCGUGCCUCAAAAGCAAUGCAACAAAAAGUUUUCUCUAACCCAAAGAUCGAAGUUCUUUGGGAUACCACUUUGGUCGAAAUCAAAGGUGAAAAAUCCGUUACCUCUGUUGGUAUUUACAACUCUGAAACUAAAGUAAGCUCAAAUCUCGACGCUCAAGGUUUAUUCUAUGCCAUUGGUCACACACCAAAUUCUGCCUUCUUAAAUGGUCAACUCAAUACCGAUGAAACUGGUUACAUCAUCACUCAACCAGGUUCCACCAAAACAAACGUUGAAGGUGUUUUCGCUUGUGGUGAUGUUCAAGAUAAAGUCUACAGACAAGCUAUCACCGCCGCUGGUAAUGGUUGUAUGGCUGCUUUAGAUUGUGAAAGAUUUUUAUCUUCUUUAUAA